AUGCCUCCUAAGUCUGCCACGGUGAUGACCAUCGCUGUCCGGCUUCCACCUCCCUUUCUACUCCCUAGAUCUUUCCUCAAACAAAGAAAUGCCUUGUCGCAAAGGCGAGAUUUCGGCAUCAAAUCAAUUGACCCACCACGACCCAAUCGCUUCAACAUCGGCACUGGCCUUUCACCACUCCUUUCCUCCUCCACCGCAGCACUGGAACGAAGGGCAAAAGCCGACACUCUGCCCUUACGAACCGGUGCUCUCGCCAUCAAAAAGGGCAUGACGGCCAUGUUCGACCCCGAGACUGGCGUGCGCACACCUUGCACAGUCCUGCAACUCGACCGAGUUCAAGUCGUUAGCCACAAGACGAGGAAGCGACAUGGCUACUACGCGGUGUGCGUGGGUUAUGGACAUAGGAAUGAGAGGAAUGUUUCCAAGUCAAUGCUGGGACACUACUCUGUUCAAGGUGUGUCGCCGAAACAGCACCAGCAGGAAUUUCGGGUUAGGGAUCAGAAGGGGUUGUUGGCCGUGGGCGAAGAGAUCCGGGCAGAUUGGUUUAUGGAGGGUCAGUUUGUUGACACGAGGAGUAACUGUAAAGGGAAGGGUUUCCAAGGGGUGAUGAAGAGAUGGGGAAUGCAUGGACAGGAUAGAUCGCAUGGUGUUUCGCUUGCACACCGGAGUAUGGGCUCGGCGGGACAGGGACAGGGUGGUGGGAGUAGGGUGUAUCCUGGGAAGAAGAUGGCAGGGAACAUGGGUGGACAACGGAAUACUAUACAGAACUUGAAGGUCUUGCAAGUGGAUGCAGCAAAGGGGAUUGUGGUUGUCCAUGGGGCCGUGAGUGGACCCAAAGGGUGUAUGGUGAUGAUACAAGAUGCGUUGAAGAAGCCGUGGCCUAAUGUGCCGCCUCCUCCCAAAGCUGCAGAGGUCAACGAGGAGAAACGAGACGCAGUGGGAGCGAAGCAAUAA